CAGCGGCAAAGGGCUCUCCCCUCACUCGCGCUAUAUAUUCAAGAUCUUCAAGUUUAGGGUUUCCUCUCGUAUUACCAGCAGCACAGCCACACGCAGCAGCCAGUGCUUCCAGGGUUUCUUCUUUCUUCCUUUCGGAUCCUUCCUUCCUUUGCAAAGAUGGUUUUGCAGAACGACGUGGAUUUGUUGAACCCACCUGCCGAUAUUGAGAAGAGGAAGCACAAGCUUAAGCGGCUUGUCCAGUCUCCCAAUUCGUUCUUCAUGGAUGUGAAAUGCCAAGGGUGUUUCAACAUUACAACUGUUUUUAGUCACUCUCAAACUGUGGUGGUCUGCGGCAACUGUCAGUCAGUCCUGUGCCAGCCUACUGGAGGCCGUGCCAGACUCACAGAGGGAUGCUCUUUCAGGAAGAAGGGUGAUUAGUUAUGUUUCGAAAAUCUAUGAAGUAGUCUGGCGUUCUAUGCUCGCAUAUGGAAUAUUAUUAAUGUUGGAUUAGUUUCUGUAGCUGUUUUCAUGAUGUUUGAUUGAGGACGCACUGUUGUUCCAUUUUGCGGAUGUUAUUUUGCGGUUGCGACUACAAUGUAGUGAAUUUGCUCCGUGAGUUCUAUUAAUAUCUAUGAUUGAGCAUAGUGUCAGUGCGUUUCUUUCUCUGUUUCAUGUUCUUGUUGCCGCUAGUUGAAGGUAUGCCAUCGUUGAAGGAUUACUGAUAUGUAGUCAUAUCUGAUGAUGAGUUACUACCUGAUGGGUGAGUAGAAUCAGUAAUUCCAUUGCUUCGUAUUUUGUGGUGAGAA